CAAAGGCACCUCGGAAACAAAUUAUCUGAACCCCGCAGCUCUGGGGAAAAGAGUCCCCACCUGAGGAUGUAGAGAGGAGCUUUUAAAGCUGUGGAGCAGGAGUGCAGUGCUACAGCCUCCAGGUCACCAGGGCUCUAAAAAAAAAAACAACCAACCAAAAACCAACAAACCAAAUCACAAAACAGCACCUGAAAUUCUCUCAAAGGAAGGAUGAGCUGGUUGUCUUGUGAACCCAACUGAGCAACGUGAUGAACCCAACAUGCAAGUGACUGCAGAUGGAAACAAACUGCACUUCAGAGAUGACCAUGCUGGUGACAGUCUCAUCCUCCAUCCAGCCUGCUCCCAUCCAUCACCACCUUCCUCCUCCUCCCACCCUCCCAAAGCCUGGGAAGGACAACCUGAGGCUCCAGCGCCUGCUGAAGAAGGCAGCCAAGAAAAAUGCUGCCUUAGCUUUGGAACAAACCAAGUCUUUCAGGUCCAGCCUCUCCCCAGUGAAGGAAGCCAGCUCUGACCUGGAGCACGAGGAAAGCCUCCCCCCAGCUGAGCCCCCUGAAGCUGCAGCCCCCUCCAUCUCCCACCUCUCUGCCACCUCCAUCUCCCACAGGGUCCCCUCCCCUUCCCAGAGGGACAAACCCCCCACGCUGAAGGUCACUGAGCAGAGGUGCAUGGCCCAACACCUCCAGCUCACAGCUUCCCCACCCAUGUCCCUGCUCCACAGGAUGGGUGCUCCCAAGACCCCCCAGCAGCCUGCAGGCAUGGACACUGCCCCUUCCUCUCCAGGUGACACUUCCAUAUUUGUUUUCCCCCAGUCUCCUCCUCCUCCCAGUAUGCCCAGGAAAGAAAGGGCACCAAGAGUUACCUACGUCACCAAGGUGCACGCUUAUUUCCACAGUGUAAAUCCACCCAGGGCUAGGACACCCAUAGCAAACCAACCCCAAGCAGCCAGCAGCCAUGAAGACAAAAGGCCUUUUCCAUCAUCUGGAACAAAUUCCUGGGAAUUCUCUCCAGGGCAGAUACUCACUCCACUCAAUGACAUCAAGGCUCCCCCACUGGAGCCUCCUCCUCCUCCUCUCCUUUCUGCUCCUAAGGAGCCCAAGUUUGCUCCUACUGAAGAGUCCAUCAGGCCCCCUUCACCCAAGCCCAGCACCCCCCCCAGUGCCCACACCAAUAAAUCUACAACCAAUGGAAGUGACACAGAACCACCUGGAUCAGACAGAGCUCCUGAAUUACCCAAGCAAGACAACAAUAUCCCUAAACCACCAAACCCCAGUGCUCCUUGGAGGAAAAAACACCGAGGUAGGGCAACACCAGCCCAAGCUGACAGUAUGCAGCCCACUUCCAGAGCCACCAAGGAAGAAGGUGUCAUCCAACCUCAUUUGACCCCUAAUUUGCCCAACACCAGCCCUCUCCCCAUUGCUGAGCCAUCAGGAAAAGCAGCAAGAGGUCCUGGAGGAGGCAAUGCUGGUGGCUGGCACCGCCUCAGGAAGCACCUGAUGGUGCAGCCAGAAGCACCCAACUUCCCAACCCUGGAUGAGUUGGGACAGGAGAAAGAGAGCAAGGAAAAGGACAGCCCUCAAGCAAGCCCCAGCCAAGCCUGCAUCCUCUUUAAAUCCAAGGCCACGAGGAUGUGGGAUGCCAUUUUGUACCAGAUGGCAACCAACAAGGAGAGGAAGCAGCAAGCAGAGGAGAAAAAGCUGCAGAAGGAUGCAAACUGCUUUCUGCCCCGCCGUUUGCCCAUCCUGCUCCACAAACCCCGUUUUGAUGCUCGAAAGCUGAAGGAGUUGGCUGCCAAACCCAUGACCAAGAUCACCACUGUGUUUGAGGUGGGACGAUUGAAACCAAAGCCACCUGAGGAGCACAGCACCAGCUUCAACAGAACAGCAUCAGGGUGGGUCAAACAACUAAAGCCAGGCUGCUCCACACGUCCAGAGUCUCCUCCAGGAGACACCCAUGUCUAG